UGGACAUCGAACUCCUACAUUGUUAAUGUCAUGCACUACUGAUCGAGUCACAGGUAAACAUUUUCCAUAUUCUUUUCAUGGAGUCUGAUACACGGGAGUAAGUCAUAUAGUGUUGUGAAUUCCAGUUAGUUACACAUUCUGGGAAGACUCUUAUAACACAUGUCUCCUAACACAUGUUCCAGUUUCUGAUUUUGAAAGUGAAAACAAAAGUUAAACUGCACAUUGCUAUUUGCUCAUUCAACAAAAUGGGAUGUUAAGUCAUCCACAUAGAAUAACCAGAGAGUUACUGAGAGACCAGGGACAUCCCCUAACUUACUCUAGACCAUUUAUGGCCUGGACUGAAGGAGUGUCUAAGAUAUAAAAAUAGAAUGUCAGGAAACUACAACUUGUAUACAACUCAGGACUCAAGCUACUGAAGUAAAGCAAAAAGCUGUAUUCUCCAGUGACAAUGGACAAACCAGUGUGCUUGAUUGACACGGAGUCAGAUGGGAAGCUGUGUGUGCAGCAGUCAGCUCUACAGAUCCUGCAGCAGAUCCAGCAGCCAGUGGUGGUGGUGGCCGUGGUGGGUCUCUACCGCACCGGGAAGUCCUUCCUGAUGAAUCGCCUCGCAGGAAAACGAACAGGGUUUGCAUUGGGCAGCACCAUUGAGUCCAAGACGAAGGGCAUCUGGAUGUGGUGUAUGCCCCAUCCCACUAAAGCAGGAACCACUCUGGUGCUGCUGGACACUGAGGGACUCGGAGACGUGGACAAGGGAGACUCAAAGCAUGACACCAACAUCUUCUGUCUGGCUGUGUUACUGAGCAGCACUCUGGUCUACAACAGUCGAGGGACGAUUGACAACAGGGCUGUAGAGGAACUGCAAUACGUCACUGAACUAACAGAGUGCAUUAAGGUCAAAUCAUCAGAUGAGGAUGCUGACGAUUCAAGCGAGUUUGUGAAGUUCUUCCCUAGUUUCAUCUGGGCUGUGAGGGACUUCACUCUUGAGCGAAAGAUUGAUGGCAAAGAUGCAACAGAUGAUGAGUACCUAGAGUUUGCUCUGAAGCUGAAACAUGGCAUAGCAAAAAAAGUGAUGGAGUACAACUUGCCCAGGGAGUGCAUCCAAACAUUCUUCCCUUCCAGAACGUGCUUCACUUUCCCAUUCCCAACUGCUCCAGAGAAUGUGUCUCGUUUAGAGAGCUUGGAUCCUGCUGACCUUUCCUCUGACUUCCUGGAGGUCACAGAUCGUUUCUGCAAGUUAGUCUUUCAUGAGAGCCAAGUGAAGAAGCUGAAAGAUGGAAUCACAGUCACUGGCAGAGUUCUGGGUAACUUGGCGAAAACAUACGUGGACACCAUCUCCAGUGGGGCUGUGCCGUGUCUGGAGAAUGCUGUGAUUGCUAUGGCAUUGAUUGAGAAUGAGUCUGCAGUGAAGGAGGGGCUUGAGGUUUACCAGAGUGGAAUGGAGAAGCUGAAGGACUCCUUCCCUCUGGAACUGAAGGAUGUGUCCUCAGAACACCAACGUCUCAGCAGCAUGGCGACACAAACCUUCAUGAAGCGCUCCUUCAGGGAUACUGAUAGGAAGUACCUGAAAUCUCUAGAGGACAACAUUAAUAAACUCUUUGAUGGAUACCUGUGCCAAAACGAGCAAGCUUCAAAGAGACGAUGUGAGGAUCUCUUGUCAUCCCUCUCUGCAACAAUGACGAAAAAUCUCAAGCAGGGUUUCUAUAUCAAACCAGGUGGCUAUGAUCUCUUCUGCAAGGAUCUGGAGGACAUUGUGAAGAAUUAUAACAGCCAGGCCAAUAAAGAAGUCAAGGCUGAAGAGGUCCUAAAGGAGUUUCUGAAGCAGAAGUCUGUGGAUUCCAAAGCAAUUCUGCAGGCUGACAAAAAACUGACUGAGGAGGAGAAAAAGAUUAAGGAGGAAAUAGAGAAAGCAGCCCUCCUGAAGCAGGAAAUCAAAGCUAAAGAGGAGAAGCAGCGACAACUCGAAGAGAAGAUGGAAGCAGAGAGACGGAUUAAUGAAGAGAGGAUGAGACAUAUGGAGGUGAAGAUGGAUUUGGAGCUGAGGCUCCAGAGAGAGGAGGCUGAGCGUGCCAUGGACAGUAAACUGAGGGAGCAGGCUGAUCUGUUGGAGAAGGGCUUUAAGGAUAAGGCAGACAGGAUGACCCAGGAGAUAGCAGAGUUCAAGAGACGGAAUGCUGAAGCCGAGAGUAAUAGAGCUAAAGAGUUUACAGAGAAGUUGGAGAAAUCAAACAAGAGACAUGAGCAGUCUAUGGCUAUGAUGAUGCAGCAACACAGAGAACAGAUGGAGGCCAUUCAGCGGAUAAAUGCAGAGAUAAUGGAGAAAACAGCCCUCCUGCAGCAGGAAAUCAGAGAUCAGAAGCAGCGACAACUCGAAGAGAAGAUGGAAGCAGAGAAACAGAGUAAUGAAGAGAGGAUGAGACAGAUGAAGGAGAAGAUGGAUUUGGAGCUGAGGCUCCAGAGAGAGGAGGCUGACCGUGCCAUGGACAGUAAACUGAGGGAGCAGGCUGAUCUGUUGGAGAAGGGAUUUAAGGAUAAGGCAGACAGGAUGACCCAGGAGAUGGAAGAGUUCAAGAGACAGAAUGCUGAAGCUGAGAGUAAUAGAGCUAGAGAGUUUAUGAAGUUAGAGAACUCCAACAGGAGACAUGAGGAGUUUAUGGCUAUGACACAGAGACCAGAUAGAGGCCAUUCAGAAGAAUGCACGCUCAGGUGGAUGUUGUAUCUUGUGAAAUGCUUUAAUUCUGUGAUCAUCAAACUCAUCAGAGGACUGUAAUUGCACAAUGCAAUCACAGUAUAUAUAGAGGGAUAAUCCUACAAUAGAACAAUACAUUUGAUCUCAUUCUAUCUUCACAUGAACUUUAGUGAUAUUUGAUAUGAUGGAUUAGGAAAUUUAAAUUUCACUUCACACGCAUGUUUUGUGUUAUGUAUGAUCCUGUUAAGGCCUCAUCAACACGAAAGCCAGUGGCACAGAUUACCAACAAACCGCCCCAUACCGUCCCAACUAGAUGGAACUGGAUUAAAUGUUUUGACUGUUGUGAUCCCAAUCAGGCUUAUGACCUGUAAAGCUACCUGAAUCAUAAUCAAGCAUUGUUUGCUGUUGGCCAGAGAAGAACUGGUCCCCCGACCCCGGUUUCUCCCGAGGUUUUUUUCUCCAUUUUUAACACCUCUUGGUGUUUGGGUUCCUUGCUGCUGUCGCCUUUGGCUUGCUUAGUUGGGGACACUUGAUAUUCAACAAUGUUUUUGAUCUGCCUGCAUUGACAUCAUUGUAUGUGAACUGAACUGAUCUGGAUGAUGACAUCUCUGUUUUCUCCAGUGCUGAUAUAUAGAUAAAUUAAUAACCAUUGAUUUUUACAAUGGAAUUUACCAGUUAUCACUGUAAAGCUGCUUUGACACAAUCUGCAUUGUAAAAAGCGCCAUAUAAAUGAAAGUGACUUGA